AUGGCGCUCGGGAAGGUCGCCAUCGUCAUCGGAGCGGGUAUUGUUGGGUCUAUGAUCACAAAGGAAGUUCAUUUUUCUGAUGUCACUUAUUUGUUUUCUGGUGCUUUCAAGAUUGUCACGAAGCACCUAAAACAAGAUAAUGGUAAUAUUCAAUCUUCUAGCAAACCACAGACUGAAUCUCUACUAGCACAGGUUAAUACUCUCCGUCAAGAGUUGCAACUCUUAGCAUCAUCAAGAUCAGUUACAAUUGUAACUGGUGCAAACUCAGGUUCUGGUACUUGUGGCAUCACAGCUGUUAUUGUGUUUGGGGCUGUUGGAUAUCUAUGUAUAUGGUGGAAGGGAUGGAAGGUUUCUGAUAUGAUGUUUGUGACACGUCGUGGUUUAUCAGAUGCUUGCACUACAGUCGGCAAGCAACUGGAGCUAAUCUCAGCAUCAAUUGCUACUGCUAAGCGUCAUUUAUCUCAAAGGAUUGACCGUGCAGACAUCAAUUUGGAGGAGAUCAAGGAACUUGCUACUGCCACCAAAUGUGAGGUCUCAAAGCUACAUGGGGAUUUGGGUUUGAUUCACACCGAUGUUGAAUCUGUUCACCGUGCUGUCCAGACUCUGGAGACAAAGCUUUUUCGAAUAGAGGACAGACAGGAUUUUGCAACCCAAGGAGUCUAUCAUCUGUGUCAGUAUGUGGAAAAAUUAGAACAGAGCAAAAGUCAAGAACUUAUUCAGACAGACUCUUUGCCACCUUUGACACUGGAAACACCAUCAUCGUCAAUGUCUUUGUCGUCAUCAUCUGCUGUUGAGAAGUCUAAGCUUGCAACAGCUGUAUUGGUUUCAGACCUAGUAAAGCUUAGCACAUAUAAUGUUCUUUAUUUUGCCAAAACAGUACUAAGAUCAAUGCUGGUGUACCAUGGUUGA